AUGGCCUUCUCUGUGCCCACAUUUUCAACAUUUCCUUCAAAUUUCUUCAAAAAUACCCCAAAUACAAUCCCAUCCAUCCCUCAAUUCAGUUACUCUUUUGCAUUCCCCAAUUGUAACAACAAUUAUAUAUCAACCAAUAAAAACAGAAAAAUUGAAUUUGGAUUAUUGUGCUGCUCUUCUACAUCUAAGCAACGCCGUGGCGGUGGUGGUGGGUCGCCGCCAGCCACGCGGAAGAAAAAGAAGUCCAAUAGUAAAAGUAGUGGCAAAAGUAUAAUAGAUGAUGAUUUUGAAAUUGAAAAAAGUGGGGUUGAGUUGCUGCAGUCACCGUCACCGUCAUCGUCGGAAGAGUUACCGUACGAGACUUUGCCCCUUCCGAAACCACCGGCAGGGUUUGUGUUGGAUGACCAAGGCAGAGUCCUCGUGGCCUCUAACAAACGCAUUGCUACAAUUGUGGAUUCGACCAAUAACUUCCCCCUGGAGUGCAUCAUAAGGAGGGUAUUUAGAAACUCAAGAGGCGAUGAAUGCAUGCUGCUCUGCCCAGUAGAUAUGCCCGUUCAGAUUUUAAAGAGCGUCAAUGUUGAAGGGUGGUCUGCUGUCAGUGACGAAGAAGUUGAGUCUAUCCUUCCCACUGCAGCUUACACCCUUGCCAAAAUACAUAUGCAUCUGGUGUACAGCGGAUUUUGUUACACAGCACGAGGAGGAUUCUGCUAUACUGAGGACGAUAUAAUUGAAUUUCACACAGACAAUGGUCAAGAUGUGGAUGGCUUGCCAACUGAAGGCAUAGAAAUUGCAUGCUUCCAUCUGGAUGGUUCGCACUAUAUGAUUUAUACGCCUUCAGACCCUCUUCUCUUCGUUGCUUUGAAGGAUGAAAAUGGUGCAUUGCAAAUAGCUGAUGAUGAACUAUUGGAUGAUCCUGCCAUAAUUAGUGCCAUUGAUGAGGAGACUGAAUUUAAUGCAUUAGUGGAAGAAGAGGAUGCGCUGCUUGAAUCAUUAUUAGGAAAAAGAUGA